AAGAAGUACAUUGUCAAAAUGCCAUUCUUUGGCUGGAUGAAAUGGCCAAAAAAUUAUUCUUAUAAAACCGGACAAUAUCCUGGCUCAGAAGUUGUGACAAAGACUCUCCUGAGGGAACUGAAAUGGCACCUAAAAGAGCGUGAACGACUGGUACAGGAGAUUGAAAGUGACCAAAGAGUUCAGAAGGGUGGCAUGGAUUACAACUGGCUGAAGAGCUACCAGAACCCUCAGAUAACUAUCCCAGCUACUGAACAAAGACAGCUUGAAGCUCUCUGCUCCCAAAUCCAACCUUGCCAAACUGGAAUCAUUCUCAGCAGAUUUCGCGAGGUCCUGGCUGAAAACGAUGUUUUACCUUGGGAAAUUGUUUACAUAUUCAAGCAAGUUUUAAAGGAAUUUCUAGCCAACCUUGAGAAGGAAACUCCACAGGACCAAAUGGAUGACACUUGGAAUACAAACUGCGCUGUGAACUUCGCAACACAGGGAGACAGCUCGAGUAAAACUGACAAAGAGGAGAUCCCAACCGUAUCGAGUUACGUUGACAAACACACUCAAGGCAUGUUUCCAACUUUCUCCCACAGAAUCUGGAACCUUCCCUAUUAUUACCCAUCUAGUUAA